AUUUGAUGUUAAUGCAUACAAAAUUUUCAUUAUGUGAAGUGCAUAAUUAUGAGAAUGUUUGCACUGACGAGAGAUGAUUAAAUGGAAAAGAGAGAGAUAGCAACAUUGCCACUAGCCCCUAUAUACAAGACCAGACUUCAUACAGGGGGAUAUCGAACUGUGUGUGAUCUCAGUAAAAGAGGUGCUGACCAGUUGAGUAAAGAUAUAGGACUGAAUAUUCAUGAUUGUGAAAAUAUACUGCAAGUAGUAGAGAACCGUAAAUCAUGCAGUCCCAGGAGUGCCUUGCAGAUCUUCAAGGAAGAAGAAUCGACUGCAGCAAUCAUGACUUUCUCGGAGAAGCUGGAUGUUGCCCUUGGUGGCGGAAUACGUAAUGGAAUGUUAACCGAGAUUUGUGGUGUUCCUGGUGUUGGUAAAACACAGCUGUGUUUACAGUUGUCAUGUGAUGUACAGAUACCUGCAGUGUUUGGUGGUUUAGAGGGAGAAGUGAUCUACAUGGACACCGAGGGAGGAUUUAUCCUUGACAGAGUUACUGACCUUGUCACAGCUACUGUCAGACAUUGUCAGUUUAUUGCCAGUGGUGAAAAUGACAAAGGUACAACAAAGCUACAAUUACUGCUAAUUUAUAUACAGGCAAAAGUAUCAGCUAUGACUGUGGAAAAGUUACUGGCAGGAAUUCAUGUAUACAAGUGUCACGACAACACUCAGUUGUUAGCUGCAAUCAACCUUCUUCCAGAUUUAUUGCACCAAAACAAAAAGAUAAAACUUGUGGUAAUAGACAGUAUAGCUUUUCAUUUCCGGCACGACUUUGAGGACCUGUCGUUGAGAACACGUAUUCUUACCAGCCUUGCACAAACAUUGACAGGAAUUGCCAGAAAACAUAAUAUAGCAGUUGUAGUGACCAAUCAGAUGACAACAAGAGUUCACCAAGGAUCUGACAAAGGGUCACACCUGGUUCCCUGUUUAGGAGAGAGUUGGGGUCAUGCAUGUACAACAAGGGUUAUACUGGAGUAUGAGAGAGACAGAAGACUUGCUUGGUUGUACAAAUCUCCAUGUAGACCACAGACAAAGGUUCAUUAUCAGAUAACAAAAGACGGAAUAAGGGAUGUGGUAAACUCAACAGUACAGCAACAAAACAUUCCUACAGAGACAUUUUCCGAUAGCUCUGUUGAAAACCCAGCCAAAAGACAGAAACUCUUAUGACCUGCAGAGAUUUCACUUUUAUCCAGUCAAUUAAAAGAUUGCAUUAUCAGCUGAUAAAAGAUUUGAUAUUCAUAUCAUUAUUAAAGAGAGGCAUCUGUUUUGUUGUUCAGGAGUCUGUUUUGUUGUUCAGGAAUAUGUUGAAUGACUGCGGACGUGUUGUCAUUUUUGGCAAUUAAAAGAGUAAUGUAGCAUCAUUGAAACUAUUCUGUAUAGGAGAGAUCUGUUUGUAUACAAAUCAGUCGUAUUUUUAGAACUGAUAAGACAAAGGUCGGGUGGGCAGACGCCGAUCGUCCAUGUUUUUUUGUAAACAGUGAUGUUUUUCUAACAGCUUAAAACACAAAUGAUAUCAGUAAUUUUUUGAUCAAUGGAAAGGAUAUAUUAAAACAAGUAAUUUAUUGAUUACUUUUAAUUAUUAUUUCGAAAUAAAAUGGAUUAAUUAUGAACACUUAACUUACAGUGUUUUUUCUAAAACUUUGGAGCAUUGUUACGCCGCUAUUAAAAUCAUAUGUCAUUUAAAAUGGUUUUUCGUUUUAAAAAGAUAUUUAAAUAAGAAAAUACGAAAAUCGUAAGCAUUUCAAAACUUCUUGAAUUUCUAAAAUCCAUAAAUUAGCGAAAAAGUUACUAAAAAUUCCGAUCCCAUACACAAUGUAAAAACAUUUGUUUAGCCCACCACCAGAUAAACAGGUGUUAAUGUGUGACGUCACGGUGAUCUCUCCUAUACUAUGGUUAUUUAAAAAGUUAUUUAUUGACCAUUAUUCAAGUACUUAAUCCAGUAAGAUAGUUCUGUUAAAUUUCUAAAAUAGACUUGUCCAUUGUUCAGUUUGGGCCAUACCACAUAUUAUUCAAAGGGGUGUUCACUGAAAAUUUACUGACUGAAUAGUGAACAGUGCAGACCAUGCUAAAAAAUGAAAUUGAUGGCAUAACAUAAUUUACCUGUAAAGCAUAGAAUAAAGCCGGGCUCCAACAUAUGGAAGUAUAAAUCAAACCUAGAAUGUUGAUUGAUAAAAUGGGCAGUGUUUUCUAUCUUUCUGAAAAUUAAAUGUUAGAACAAAAAACUUUGACAUGAAAUGAUUCCAGAUUAGAUAUGAAAUUAGCUUGGCAUUUGCACAUCUCUGUAAUCAUGGGCUAAUAUUUCGGAAAUAAGCACAACUUCACACAUGUAUAAAGUUUCAUUAAAAUCUACAUUUUUGGAUUUUUACUGUAAAUGAAAAUCAUCAGUCACCAGAAUUGUGAGUUUUCCCAUAGACUCCCAUUUUGAAAACUUCAGGGCUUAAGUUCCAAACUUUUUAAGUCAGUCUAAUAGAAAAUCAAGCACAAUCUAUCUUUUUUAUAGGCUGAAUUUUCUCAGUUCAUGCAUAACUUUGAAAAUUCGGGGUUAGAUCAAUUUGCACAUUAUAGAAAAUACUUGUAGUUCAAAUUUACUUAUGUUGUAUUAAUGAAAUUCUUGCUACAUUUUGUAUAUAAGCAUUUGUUAUCUGACGUUUGUUUUUAAUGUAUCUCUUUUACUUGCAAUUGUCAUUAGACAGUGUACAUAAUACUGAAACAUAUAUUAUACAUUAGUAAUAUUUACAUUGCAUUUACUGUAAUACUGUAUUAUUCUAGCAUGAUUAUUAUGAGAAUGUAUUGGUAAUCAAUUUAAAAUGCAGCAAACAGGGCCUCCACUGCCAUUUGUGAAUGUAGCCAAAUGCUACAAAUUCAAAGAACUGGCUACAGAUUUUUGAAUUUUAUUAAAAUCUGGCCAAAUUUCAGCAAUUCGGCUUCAGUUUGGCAGUUUCUCUCAAAAAGUGGCUACAACUUUCUGAGGCACAGUAGAGGCCAUAUCUGUUUGUUGCAGAUACAGAAUAUGUUACAGAACUAGUUUGAAACUUCACUGUUCAGGCAUUUUUGGUAUCUAAUUUCUUUUCUGUAGAUCAUUUUGAUAAAUUAGCUAGAAAGAGUAUAUACCAGUCACCAAGUAAUUACUGUAUAAUUGGAUGUUUCUCAUAUUUUUCACUCAAAUUCAGUCUUAUCAUUGCCAUGGCGAUUUUGUUAAGUUUGUUCAAUAAAAUAUUACAUUAUUUUACUAAA